UACGAUUUGCUCUCUCUUUCUAUUCCCGAUUACACUUUCUGCAGCUACAGUGAGCAGUCCAGUACUAUAUGUCGAUAGGUAUACCUCAUUGGACCACUCACUGGCUGGUUACUGGCAUAUGUCCGCUAUUGGGAAUACAGCUAUAAGGAAACGAAGGAAGGAACAGAAGGAACUGCCAGUCAUCCGUUGAUGUUGCUGUUUAAUACAUUUGUAUCGUUAUUUAUGAAGUAGAGUUUUACACCAAACAAUGGGAGCAGUUCGUGUUAUUAACGACGACGGCCAAUUCCAUGGGGAAAUGAGCAAUGCGGGUACCAAACUGGUUGUCGUUGACUUUACAGCAACUUGGUGUGGCCCAUGCCAGAGAAUUGCACCUGUGUUCGAGCAACUUUCAGUGAAAUAUCUGAAUGCGGUUUUUCUGAAGGUUGACGUAGAUAAAUAUGCAGAAACAGCUGCAGGACAAGGUGUAAGCGCGAUGCCUACAUUUAUUUUCUAUCGCAAUAGAACAAGACUUGGUCUCUGCCAAGGUGCUGAUCCUUCUGGGCUUACCCACGUUCGAGGGUUUGUUUAA